CCCGUUGUCUGUUUACUUUCACACUCCAGGCUCCUUGUUCUUCGUUCCUCUUCUUCCCCUCCACCACUCUACAUCCCUCUUUUUUCUUCCAUCUUCCAACGCAUCGCGUCGUCGAACCUGCUUGGAUAACAUUCCUCAUUCCCACGCGACUUCUACUUCUUAGAGAUAUCAACCUCGUCCUAGAACAACCACUCCCCUGCUCCGUAUCAAUUGUCGCAUGAUCCACCGCAACUUGCGCGCGUCAUCAUGUCCGCCGGAUUGCCUUUUCUGCAGAAGCAGCGCAAGCCCACCCUCACGGAAUGGGCUCAUAUCACUGACCUUCAGAACUAUGAGGAUCUGACCAAGCCCGAGCUCGCCGCGGCGCUUGACUCGCACCUUCAAGCUCACCAAUCCAUCUUCAUCGAUGAUGCGCGCCUAGGAGAUUACUACAGGCGUCUGUCAGGAUCUCCGCGCAUUUUCUCACCUGUCAAGAAUUCGCCUGUCAAGACAUCGCCGACUAAGAGAGCACCCAAGGUGGAAGUCACUCCGUCGGCAGACGAAGCCCCCAAGUCAACGCGCAAGAGGAGCUCCAGAUCCAAGGCGGAGUCUGUGCAAACGGAUGACUCCGAUGUUCCCCAAACUCCCGGCCAAACGCUGGUGAGUGUUGAACCCCCAUUGUCACCACUGGCGGCGGCGCUCCCGCCGUCACCCGCUGUGGUGACCGAUGUGAUCGAUCGCCAAACGGCGGCAUGGGGCAAAAGCCUCAAGGACAUUUGGAACGCGCUGGGAGUGCAGGAGCAGUCAGAUUCGCUGCGCGCCAACCUAAGCAGCGUCAAGGCCAUCGCUGUCUUAUUGUAUGGGAUUGAAAGCUUUGGUGUCUUGCGGUUACUUUUUCCUCUGAGACUGUUGACCCGCAUCCCGGCUGUAGAAGCGAUCCAUUCACCGGCUUUCGAUAUCUCGGCUCCUGACGCCUUCGUCUUGGUCGAGAGCUCCUUCUGGACUGCUUUUCUUGGGUGGCUCUUCACUAGUCUCGUCAUUCCCUUGACCGUCGCGUAUUUCUUCAACAUAAGCUUGCAGGCGGCUCAGAGCGGUGGUCCGGCGGCCAACACUCGGCGUCAACGGGCGGCAGCGGCCGCGCAGCUCGCCAGCUUCGAUCCUCUGAGCUUCCACAUUGCCAAGGCGCUCAUCGCGUAUCUGGUUUACACCGGCAAGUUCUCUUACUGGGGCUUCUUCAAUGAUAUCGCCGUCGAGGACGUCAACAAUGCUAUUCCGGGUCGCUGGCCCGGAGUGAUCACCGGUUCUGCGAUUGGUGUGCUUACGACCCUAUAUGAAGCUAUCCUGCGGAAGUAGAUAUAUCCUGUCUACGUACCCGGUGUGAUAGCUACUAGGUUUACCAGUUAUAUAAGCUUGGUCAUUCGGCGCGCGCCGAAUGACAAAGUCUUGGCAUUUCUGGGGUUGGUGUCCUGGUAAUGAAUUCGACUUGUGUGCUCAGGUACUGUGGAAGCAUCCCAUAAUCCUUUAGGCUUUUCUGGCAGCGAAAACAGUCGAUUCCGGGCGUGGGUGAGAUUUCCGUGCAAUGGCAGGUCCAGAAAGAAGAAGAAAAGAUAUCAUCUAUCUUAGAGAGAGAAACUGGCGGGACUGAAGGAUCAAAUCGUGGAUCUGGUUUGAAUUUGCUUUGGUGUGUCUUGGCUUGCUUUUGUGAAUGCCAUGCACGAUUGUCUAGGGGCGUACUCUGUCUUUCGAUUUGGUUUUGUGUUUCGGGUUGCUGUCUGGCGUACUCAGCAGGGUGUUGUUGUUGUUGUUGUUGUUGUUGCUGCUGUAUGUUCUAUG